CUAUGAACAGUCAAAGAUAUUAUUUUAGCAAUUUCAAGUUCGUGAAAUUCCUUUGCUUAUCUGUGGUAGUUGAUCGUAGUUGUUCAAUAUUUGUUGUGCAAGAGCAGAUAUCUGUUUCGAAAAUGAUGCAGAUUCACAUCCGUGGGCAGUCGAAUCAUGUAAUUGACUGCGAAGGAGACGAGUGUGUUGGGCAGAUUAAGGAGCGUGUGUGUCACCUGGAAGGUGCUGACGAUGUGGAUUCGGCAAGUUUGUAUUGUGCAGGAGCUCCAGUUGCAGAUGAUGUUCUAGUGUCUGCACUAUCUUGUCUUGAAUUAGACUUCACUGUGAGCCUCAAGGGAGGAAAGGUUCAUGGAUCACUAGCUCGAGCUGGAAAGGUCAAGGGUCAGACUCCAAAGGUAGAGAAACAAGAAAAGAAGAAGAAGAAAACUGGAAGGGCGAAGAGACGAAUCCAGUACAACCGUCGAUUUGUGAACAUUGUCCAGACAUUUGGCCGUAGGAAGGGGCCCAAUUCUAAUUCAUAAGCUGUAAAUGCAGUUUACUGUGCUUUAUUGUGAAUGGUCCAUGUGUGGAGAUUGACUUAAAAUUGCAUGUCUCCUAUUUUGAAACAUAUUCUUCUUCAAUAAUGUACAGAAAGUGAAAUAAAUGUGGGUCAUUUA